AGCUUUAUACAGGUUUCAUCCCUGUAGUGGUGCGGUUCCUUUAGCAUGCUCAUAUAAUCGACAGCUGAUUUCAAGCUGAAAGAACUUUGUUGCUUUCUUUUUCAUCCCGCCUCGUGGUCCGUUUCAGGAGUAGAAGUGAGGCUGCAAGUAGAUAAAUUGCAAUCGCCAAGACGACAUCCAAAUCAAAACUAUGCCGUCCCCCGCGAAAGGAUCUCCGGAGGCUUCGAAUCCCGAAGAGGAGAGGCAGCAACACGUAUGUGAAGGAAAAAUUCUUGCCGUAGCGCCCGCAGAUUGCACAGCAAACGAUGACAUUGGUACUGCAUGUUGACAAGAUCCAAUGAGUAUGUUGAUGUUGAGGCUAUUUGUAUUUCCUACAUUAUUCAGCAUCGACAUGGAUUGGAAUUUGGCAAAUAACCGAUCCGUAUUACAUCUUCCAUGGAUUUGUCGUUCCACUUGUGCAUCUCGUAGGCUUGUCGCGGAACGAAAUUUGCAUUGCAUACCACGAGGAAAGCUUCGAUGACGAGGAUUCGCGGGAAAUCCAGCCCUGGACCUCCGAGCAAUUUUUGAAAAGGAGCAAACUGCUGCAAGAAGACGUAAAGAUUCCCGACGCGCGAAACGCCGCCGCGUGGGAGGCACUUCUCAGCAAGGACUUGGACGAGCUUGUGAAGCUGGAAGAAGACCACGCGACUGCCACGGGAGUUGUUGUGCCCGGAGGACCAGUAGUUGGGUUAGAUGGAGAAGAAGCCGGCGACGAGGACGAGGAGGAAAUAAGUCAGGACCCGGCGAGCAAAAAGGAACAAGCGUCCGCAGAUCACGACAAUUCGCAGGAGGAGUUUUCGGGACAGGUGAAGCGUACGACGGGCAAGACAAAAAACACGAAACGGGUGGAGACGUACGGAAUCGACUACUUCAACACCGAGGACAAGGAGGCCUUUCGAAAGGAGGGGUCGAAGAAAAACACCAGCUACUUCGUCGAGAAUGGUGUGCAACUGUUCCGGAAUGAAAUGGACAAAACUGCAGAAGAAAUCAUGGAGGAACAAGGGGAGGUACUUCUACUCAAGGCGCAAAUUUAGUAUAUGCUGUUGACUACUGUUGAUCAUUUUCAUCUUGUCAUACACGCAGCACAGUGCUGGACAUCAAUCUUCUCUUCUUCAUUCUUCGUGGUCACACACCGGGCGGACUGGAGUUGAGUUCCUCUCCUUAUGUGAUGUAAGAUUUGCGACGCAGCGUCUUCAUCUAUCCAUUUUAAUCAUCUAACUUACUACCUAUGCAGGAAACCGGCGGCGCGGCUAAAGAGCCCGAGCAAGCUCCAAAAUCGUCAAAAAACCUGUUCAAGGAGGCCUACCGAUAUUCACAGGAGCAAAGUUGUAUCUAAACCGUAGACGUGCACCAUCAAGCAUGAAUGUAACCGCGAGGCUCUUCUCCAUCUCUUGCUAGAAAGCUUAAUCAGCAAGAGGAAUAAUGUACUUUAUGCAUUUGCUUGCCGAAACUUUCCCUACGUGAAGACGGUGACACAACGUUUGUUCGUGUUGCAUAACCGGGAAGCCUACGCGUUGUCCGGCCUUGACCGCUACCGGGACCACCUCCAUCAGCUAACGAAAAAUGCAAACAGCGACGUGUGGAACCGUCGCGACAAAUCCAACGACUUUCUAGACAAGUUUUGCGAUUCUGUCAAGACCCUGGGGAAGGGUAACUGCCAGGAAAUGAGCCGGCAACAAGAGCAAAAACAGUUUCGCACGAUGCAGAAGAAAAGAUAAAAAUCGUAAUCGGCUACCGCUUUGAAUUAAUUUAAUGUACGAUGAGCAAAGUAGAAGUGAUGAAGCGCAAGCGGGGCUACUAGCGUAAGGUACUUAUCAGCAAGAUGUGAGGACCAGGAGUG